CGUGCCCCGGCGGUCCUCCAGCGCCUGAGAGCGGUUCAGUGAUACCCGUCGUGAGGCGCGACAUUUGCCUCCGCUUUCUGAAUGAAACUAUCCGACAUAACACUGCCCGUUUACGUAGCGUCAAUCCUAUCACUUCUCCACUCUCUUCCACUCUCCCUCCUUGCUGCGUCCUCCAACACCCCGCAUUAAAUGGCCAAAUUCUCGCCGUCAAAGUCGUUCGCCGGCAACGAAGAUCCCCUCGAUGUCGUCCUCCGUCCACCCCCGGACGAGACACCAGAUGUCCGGGCGGACAGGCUGCGCAGGGAAGCCGAGGCCAAAAAGGUCAGUGACGCAAUAGACGAGAGCAUUCGUCAAGAAAAGGCGGCCUGGAAGAAGAACAAGAGUCUCUUCCGGUUAUUGCUGCUUGGCCAGAGCGAGAGUGGCAAAUCGACCACGCUCAAAAAUUUCCAGCUGACAUUUGCCCCGCAAGCAUGGGCAGCCGAGCGCGCGUCCUGGCGCGCCGUCGUCCAGCUCAACCUUGUCCAUUCCAUCAACUUCGUCCUCGACGCGCUCGCGCAAGAGUUCACCGCGAACCCACCCGCCCGCCCGCGCACCGGCGUCUCUCCCUUCAGCACCGCCGCCCCCGCGAGCGCACAACACUCCACGGCGUCCUCGCCCGACUCGCCCACUGGCCCCAGCCUCGCGGACGGCAUCGCGGACACCUCGGUGCCACUCAAGUUCACGGAAAAGCACGCGCUCCUGAAGCUCCGCCUUGCGCCCCUGCGCCAUAUCGAGACGGACCUGCGCAAGGCGCUAGGUGCGGCGGACCUCGCCGGAGAGGGGGCCCUGGGCCCUGGCAGCAUGCGGGCGACGCCGUUCGACGAGCCCUAUGCUCCGAGCGGGAGCGGGAGCGCUUCCGUGCGUUCCGUGCGCAGCGCGGACCUGUGUUUGAGGUCGAACCGCUCGUGGAAGGACGCGCUGCAUAUGCAGUACCAUGGGCAUGGCGGGCAUGGGCACGGGCAUGGGCAUGGGGUUGGCAGCCGCGAGGGCGCGCUGACGCCUGGCUCGGAGAGGGACGACGCGACGGAGGUGAUUGCGGGGUGUAGGGAGGAUAUGAAGGCGCUGUGGGAGGACGAGGUCGUCAGGGAAAUGUUGGCGCGACAGAGGAUGCGGAUGGAGGACAGCGCAGAAUUCUUCCUGGAUGACAUCGACCGGAUAGCAUCACGCACGUACGAGCCCUCCGAUGAUGACGUUGUGCGUGCACGGCUACGGACAGUGGGCGUGCAAGAGUACCAGCUGAAGUUCGAGAACGUAGCAGGCGUAGACCGCUCGAUCUCCCGCGAAUGGAUCGUCUACGACGUCGGCGGUGCCCGAUCAUCCCGCGCCGCAUGGGUGCCCUACUUCGAGGACGCGAACGCGCUCCUGUUCCUCGCACCGAUCAACUGCUUCGACGAGUCGCUCGAAGAGGACCGGAACGUCAAUCGCCUCCAGGACUCGUUCGUCCUCUGGAAGAGCGUCGUUGGAAGCAAGCUUCUCCGGCGGUGUAUCAUCGUCUUGUUCUUGAACAAGUAUGAUCUGCUGGCGAAGAAGCUCAAGGCAGGCGUUCCUAUCAAGAAGCACCUAUCGAGCUAUGGAGACCGCGAGAAUACCGCGCCAGUGUUCGCAAAGUACCUACAUCAAAAGUUCCGCGAACAGCAUAAAGAGUAUUCUCCCGAGCCGCGGUCUUUCUACGGCUACGUGACCUGUGUUGUUGACACGAAAGCAACUGCAUCCACGCUCUCAUCAGUACGGGACGGCCUUUUGCAGCAACAUUUACAACGAGCAGAUCUGGUUGCGUGAGCUUUCGCCAUCGGUUGGCGCGACAUGUUUCAUCAUGAGUCAACGACUAUCUACCGUCUUGAGCCUUCCGCGCAUCCAUCUUGCAGGGGGCGGUAUUUAUCUAUACGUAUUUGUUUGGAUCUAUUGUGUAUGUCGUCUUGCAUGCUUGACUGUGCUUAGCAGUGUUCGUCAUAAUGCGACAUCGAUUUCUUCAUUCCGGACUUGAA